ACAUUUUUAGUCUUUGACAUAUUUUAUCCUUUUUGAUUUUAUAUAUUUUACAAUUUAAUAAUACAUUUUAAUGUCUAAAUACGACAGAGCGGUAACAGUGUUUUCUCCAGAUGGUCAUUUAAUGCAAGUCCAGUACGCCCAAGAGGCGGUACGCAAGGGAUCCCCAGUGAUAGGGGUCCGUGGUACAGAGGUUGUAGUGCUAGCUACAGAGAAGAGAUCGGUAGAGAAGCUGCAAGACGACAGAACAGAAAAGAAGAUAAUACCUUUAGAUGAGCACGUCGUUCUUGCGUUUGCUGGAUUAAGAGCCGAUGCUAGAGUACUCAUUUCUAGGGCACAAAUAGAAUGUCAAUCUCACAGACUCAUAGUAGAAGAUGCUGUAAAGUUAGAAUACAUUACACGCUUCGUAGCAGAACAGAAGCAGAAGUACACACAGAGCAAUGGACGACGUCCUUACGGCAUUUCGUGUCUUAUAGCUGGGUUCGAUUACGAUGGUGAUGCGCAUUUGUUUCAGACGGAACCUUCUGGAACGUUUUAUGAAUGGAAGGCGUGUUCCAUCGGACGAGGAGAGAAGACCGCUCGGGAAUUACUUGAGAAACACUACAAUGAUACGGCUGUAAGCACAGAAAAGGGCACGAUAAAGCUGGCUAUUAUGUGCCUUCUAGAAGUUGUAUAUUAUGGUCAAAAGAACUUAGACGUAAUGGUCCUAAAGAAAGGUAAUCCGGUGAAAUUCUUGAAUCAAGACGAGAUUAAAACUUUUAUAUCAGAAAUAGAAAUGGAGAAGGAGAAAGACAAAGAAAAAUAACCUAAUGCAUAGCAUUUCUAUGACAAAGUUUUAAAACAAUCAUUUACUAACGAAAACUUCUGUAUACAAAGUAAAGGUGGUAAUUGAUAU